AUGAAGUUGUUGCUGUUGUUACCGAUGAUUUGCGUUCUUCUCAUCUUAUCCGAUGCCAUGACUUCGACUUCAAAUAAAGAAGAGAUGACAAUGCUAUCAAAAAUAGACGCUAAAACACGUGUCAAGAGACAAUGGUGGGGCCCGGCUAUUAGCGGAGCAUGGUACGCCGUCAAGAACUUCCAUCCGCGUGGCUACGGAUCGUGGCAUGCUGUAUUUGGUGGU